AUGAGUUACCCAAACCAGUAUCAACCUCCUCCUCCUCCUCCUCCUCCUCCGCCAUCGAAUAUCCUCGAUGACCCUGAUGUCAUCACCCACUGUCCGGGCGAGGAUACUCUCCUCUGCACCGCAUACUGGUAUACCGCCCCAGAUGCCCCUCGCUACGAGAUUUGUUCCCACUGCUUCGCCUCGCAUAUCCGCAACACACCGUGGGCGUCUUGCUUCCAGCGCCAGCUCAAGCCCUCCGACCCAGACCGCCACUGCCGCUUCGAUACCCCGCGCAUGCUAUCCCUAUGGCCGCAGGUCCUCCGCAACAACGACUGGACCUACAUAAGCCAGUUCAUGGCGCGCCGCGCCGCGAUUCCGGAUUGUAAGAAGCUGACGCCCAUGCCCGCUGAUAUUGAUCUCGCUGGGAAUAUACGGCGGUGUUAUAGCCUUCGGAACAGGGAGAUUGACAACUGGACCAUCUGCGCUGCUUGCUAUGAGGAUGUGGUGCUUGCGACUUCGUUCGCGGGCUUCUUUGGUCCGCAUCGCCCGAGUCCGCCGCCGCCAGCUGGCCAGACGUUGACGUGGACGUGCGAUAUGACAAAACAUGCGCGUCGCGCGAUCGGAAAGUACGCGGUGACGAACAACUGGACCAGUUUCGUGCGCUCUGUCGCACACGCGGCGAGCCUACCCCCCUGCGCAAAGGCAGCGGGUGUCGCUGCCGCAAGCCGGAAAUGGUUCCGGCCCCGGCCGCCUAUCCCCAAAAUGGUAGUUUGCAACGCGUGCUACUAUGCGCACAUCGCAGAGUCCUUUAUGGAGAACCACUUUGAGCCAGUGCCUGUGAAUACUUCGACUUCUAGACUUGAGACCUGGGUAUGCGACAUGGUUCUCGUGCCCAUGCGUGUCGCGCAGAUGAAGGCGGAGCAGGAUAAGGACUAUCAGAUCUUUUGGAAUGCUGCGAGGGCAAUCAUGGCGAAUCCGCCUUGUCCUUCUGGGGAAGGGGAAGGCAGCUAUGGCGGGAUCUUGUAUUCUCUCCAGGGGACCUCGGGCAAAGUGUGCGUCUGUUCGCAGUGCUACGCGGGGAUACUCUCCCCAUAUGGAUUCGGCGGCUCGUUUGACGCUACUCAGCCCCCCUCCCGAGCAGGAGCAGGAGCAGGAGCAGGAGCAGGAGCAGGAGCAAGCAAACUCUGCAUUUUCAACGAGAAAUCUCCGCGCCGCGCGCAAUACAUGGACAAACUCGACGAAGCCGUCAAUCUCCGAACCUUGACCCCCUUCCAAACCUUCGCAUCCCGCCUCGGCGUCCUCCCCACGUGCCCCACAACAACCGCAGUCCCGAACCGGAAGUGGUACGGCAACGACGACUGCCUAAUCUGCGAGAGCUGCUGGGAGGAUUUCGUCAAAGAGACCAGCCUCGCGGCGCAGCUACCGUACCAGGGGAGGGUGCUCCCGGGUGGGUAUUGCGACCUGUACUCGGCGCGCAUGCGCGGGUUGUGGGCCGAGGCUUGUGCCAAGGGGAACAUGGACGAGUUCAUGGCCUUUGCGAGGCACCGUGCGGCGGUGUACCAGCAGACGGUUCCGCGGAUGCAGGAGAUUCUGGCGGUUAUGAGGAUGCGCCUGCAGCAGAGUCAGGCGGCCCUUUUGACUGGGGUCAGGUUGAUGGGGUCGGAUCUCGUUGUGGCGGCGUCGCAGGCGUCGGGCUAUUCUUAUUGGAGGUAUGGCAAUGCGAGUGUCGGGUAUGGGUGGGCGACCAGGGCAGGGGCUCAUGGGCAGCAGAUUUUUAAUGAGGGAAUGGGCAUGAAUGUUGCCGGUGGCGGCGAGAUGACGGAGAUUGCGCGGCUUGAGAAGAUGUGGAUGGCAGUUGAGUAG